UAACAAAUGAACAAUAUUUACAGCUUUAAGUUUAUAUAGGCCCUUCUAAUACAACCUCGACUACCUCGAUCCGACUAAUUAGGAAAAAUUUCCGUACAACUACGGAAGUUCCAUAGUAGGCCUACGUGAGAACUCUGAUGGCCAAGGUGGUUCGGAUAACAUAGAUAGUGAAACUUUACUUGAUUUACCUACUUAAUCUUUUUUAAUUAACAUUUCGCUUCCUUAUUGUAAGAUUGAGAAACGCAUAAUAUCAAAUAUUUCAUUUUUUAACCUGUCUUCAUUCACUGAACUUACUUUGGAAAAAGUAGAGAUUUAACUUGUUAAACGAUGAGUGCAAAUCGUUAUGAAACCAGUGAAUCUAUUAUGCCUUUGCUCGGACACGCACCGGUUGUCCAUCAAACACGUUAUACUUUGGGCCGAAUUAAAACUUUCAUCAUUAUAGCAGUGAUAAAAAUACUUCAAAUUGGUCGAUCUACAUACCAUCGUCCUAGACUCUGCCAUAGAUGCUCUCCAUGUGACGACUCCGCUUUACAUGAACUCAUCAGACUGAAUGCGAGUUACGAUGACCAUACGUCGCUUCAAACAACCUGCGUAGUCUGCGAGAGCCUAAACUGGGGAGAAAUGGGUCAGGUCAUACCGAUGGACGUCACUAUCAGGCCUCAUGGAGUAACUCGUCGUUGUUGGUGCUGGGCAGUUAGUGUCUUCGGCUUUCUAUAUCUCAGCUUAGUAUUUGUGUUAAUUCUGUAUGAUGCAGGAGUGUAUUUUAAUCUUUGUUGGGGAGAAAAAUCUGAGCUUCUAUUUCUUGUUUCGUACAAUACGUAUAUACUCCAACUAAUAGUGGUCCCAUUUAUCUGUAUAUGGGGCCGAUUUCAACCUAAUUAUUUUUUUCAUGAGGGUUAUAUAAGAGAUAGACUGCGGUUCUUAAUGCCAGGCUUGCAUAAUAUCUCAAUGUUGGCCUUAGUGAUCUGUUCCUUGUGGCCACUCUCUUGUGCCUGCCUCAGAUUCGGCUAUGACAUUUCCUGGGUAUAUCCUCUUCCAAAGGCCGAAGUAGUUCAUAGAGUAAUCGGCCGUGGGACUGCAAUUGUUGGCUAUGUUAUGUAUGGUUGUUUCUGUAUCAUCAUCUACGUCAUCAAAUGUUCGUUAACGCACGAGUGUAGACUAGUAGUCAAGUUUGUAUGCAUUGAUUCAACAAGUCUCAACUCAUGCAGAAAACGAACAGAUGAGAUGUUCAGGGAUUUUAAGAAAUUUCGCGACUUCACAAAUAAAUGGUUACUGUUUUCUGCAUCUAUCGGCCUAAUAGGUAUUUUUUGUCAAAUCACCUGGAAUUACCAUAUGAACAAGGAAUAUAUGGGUAAUCUCUACAGAAUUCAUUCAGUCUUAUGGAAUGUGCUUAUUUGGGAUCAAAAGAUAAUGUUCGCUGUGUUACCUUUCAUUUGUGUCGGGGGUCUCAACGUUGAGUAUCUUUGGCAUAAACUUGUUUACGAUAUGUCAAUGCUGAGGAUCACUGAGAGGGAAAAAUACUGGAAGAAAGUCAUCAAGCACGUAAAAUCACUGAAUUUCGAAGCAAGAAAACCGGAUAUGAUGUUUUUGUUUACGUUAUGCUCAGUUUACAUGGGACUGCAGCUUACGACAAACCAAGAUCUACGUAUUGUAACAUUGCUUAGUAAUGUUUCGAUGAGCCUACCUGGACAGAACAAUACAUGAAAUUAGCUAAUUUUACUGGUAGACGGUAGACAUCCUGCGUAAAAAAAAUGUUCCUAUUCGAGCAUUUUGUUAUUAGGUGCAUUAUUAUUUAUAUAUUUGUUUAUAUAAAAAUAAGGCAUGUGUAAAAUAAUUAUAUUUCUCUCUUGCUUUGAUACUGAACUAAAAAUAAUAAAAUUAUUAAUUACUCCUGUUUCUGCUACCCGUUUAUAAAAAGUGACUCUCCAUCGUGAAUGAGUGUAGUUUGUGUCAACUACAUACUCCAGGCUUUAAUGCUUAAUAGGACAGUUUGGGAACAUGAUUUUUUGGCAAUAAAAAUGGGUUUUUAUUUUUUAGUUCAUUAUUUAAAUAUUUGUAAGUAUAAUUAAUACAAUUGCGCAGAUUGAAAUGUAAUAUUUUUAUUCAUUAAAAUCAUUUAUAGCUUAUUUACUGCAUUCGGUCGAAAUAUUGGAAUAUUUUAAAAUAGCCAAAAUUGAUAAUAAAAAAGUUCAUAAUGGAAAUAUGAAACUACAGUACCUUUUCUUAGCCGCAUUAGAUCAGGACUAUAAAGUUAAAACAAAACUACCCACAAGCAUAGAUUAAAAUGUAAUAUUUUCAUUCAUUAAACAAAAUUUAUAUAGUUUAUGUAGAUUUACUGCAUUCGGGUAAAAUAAAUAAUUGUUUUAAAAUAGCCAAAAAUAAUAAUAAAAGUUCAUAAUGAGAAUAUGAAUCUACAGUAAAUUUUCUUAGCCUCAUUAGGUCAAGACUAUAAAGUUAAAUCAAAAGUAGCCACAAGCUAUUUAAUAAAAAACUGUGAUAUCUCGAAAAAUCUAUCAAGAUACGGCUUUAGGCCUAAAUUAUAAACGAGUGAAAAUAACGAUACCUGCAGUAUUUCUGAAUUUCUGAGGCACCUGGUGUUUGAAUAAAAAAAUUAUUAUAAUCAACCAAUAAUUAGGCCUAUAAAAAUCAUUUUUAUAAAGCGCAAUAUACAUAGAGGAUGAUGCAACCGCAAUGUGGCGAUAAAACCAGCAACCCUUAUAUAAACCAGGAACCUCAGUUCUAUCUAAAUACAUUUUGGUCUUUAAAAGAUAAUAUGGGAUUCAGCAUUAAAUGGAACAUAAUGAAAUACUCAUCCAUAAAGAACGCCGCCUACGGGCGUGCAGCAUUUGUCUAGAUGAGAAGAUGUGCAUCUUAAAUGCAAAUGAAGCUAAUCUGUUAAAUGAAAGAUCUGAACUAAUAUCCAAAUGCCGCCACUAUAACAAUGGGAAAAUCUACCCAGCUGAUGAU